UUAUCUUCAUGAUAGUCCAGCCCCCUCAACACGAUUACGUACGAUUUCCGCCCCCAUACUUUCCCUAUUAGCGAGACGACUUCGCGAAACACAGCCAUCUCCAAUACGUACUCAGCCAGCCAGGGGGUGAUCAUCAAGUACUGCGGAGGUGGAGGCAGGCAGGCAGGCAAGCAGGGCGUCGCCAAGAGCAGGACACGUUUGUCGCUAGCGGUCAACCCUCACAGAUGGAAUCAACACAAAUAGCCCAACUCGGUAAGUUAGCUACCCAAUUUGCGGUGGUGCCUUGAUCAGAACUCUCUACGCGAUCAGGGAUACUUGCCAAGCCUGGCUUGGACGUGCGGCUCUCCGCACAGGCAGACAAAGCGCACACGCCUAUCAUAUUGUGAUGGGCAGGCAGACUCCCCCGGAUUCUACUACUAGUCGGCUUAGCAGGCAGAUACAAACUGAUUACUUGUACCUUGUAGGCACUGAUCAAUUAGAGGCGUGAAAUGUGGCAGCCUGUGGGAACUUCCAUCGCCGAGUCCUGCCUGGCUUACGUGGGCUUUGCAAAGGCUGCCAGACUGAAAGAAAGGAAGCGAGAUUAUGCACGCGUACUCCAUACAGUACGCGAUAUCCAAUCCAUUCAGCGAAUUCGGAGGUAUCAAGGGAGUGAGCAAAAGCAGGCAAAUGUUAGUAGGUAAGAUAGGAAAGGAAGGAAGUACGCAUAACUCCGUGCCCGUCGUCGUAUUCGCUUGGCUAGUUAACCUCCCAAGGUACACGCGCCUCGGCCCUCGCGAAUUAUUGACCACCGCCCGGGAUUGCUGCUUCCGUGCACAGGUCAAUCAAUCCCU